UCGCGCGACGGAAGUGACGCAUAUAUCAGCGCGCCGCAGAGCCAAGAGCAGAGUAGAGGUCGUGAUGAAUCGCGUCCUGAGGGUGCUGGCGGCCGGGGCUGUCCGGGAGCUGAGGCUCGUGCGCUGGGCUUCCCGAAGCCUGCAUUCUCCACCUGGUUGCCGGGCUCGGGCCCAGCCUGAGGCCCAGGGCGAGGAAGAGGACGACCCUAACCGCCCCAUUCUGUUUUCCUCCAGCAAAGCCAGCCCAUAUCGUUGGACGGUGGAACAUUCCCUGGGAAGGGAGCGGCAGCGGCCCUGGUCCAGGGUGCUGCCCUUAAGCCUAUCCCUCAUGGCUCUGGUCAUUUGGUGCUUCUUUAGACAGGAGACCACUGCGGACCGCUGGUUGACACAGGUGUUGGAAGAAGAGGUGCCGGAGCCCAGCGAUCGUUCCGUGGAGCCUGAAAGUCCGGCUGCCCACGGGGCGAGAACUUAAAGGGGCAUCUGCUAGGAGGCAGCAAAGGACCAGGCAGCCGCCCUUUUGGUUUUGACGUCGCGUUUGACCGUUUCUGUUGAGGUUAUGUGCGUUCUCAGACUGAAGGAUUUGUUUGGAUGGCUCAUCUGGCCACGUUGACCUGGCCAUGGUGACCCGCAGGAAGGAGAGAGCAAAAUAUCAGCAGAUUGGAAGCGGUUCCUUGCUUGAUACUUGAUGCUCAAUUAAUAUGUUCAAAUACUUUUUGAUCCAUAGAAAAAGUUUUAGUUAACAGCGUGUGCUGUUGUAUUUGUGAUUUUGUUCAACAUUAUCAUGUUUCCAAAGCAGUUCUGGUGACACUUGUAAUUCAGUUUGUCGGUCAUUUGUAUUCUGAGACAGAAUAACUGGCAGAAGAGUUAAACUAUUUCAUAAUGUACUGUGGUGUGUAUAAAUUUUAAUUUGCUAAUUUGAAAUUAAGUUAAUACCCUUUCUUUGCAUCUCAUUAAAAAAGGGAAGCUUUUAGUCCUUUUUCAAUUCCUUUGUUUUUCUUUCUUUUUCCCCCCAGAAUAGGAACUGAGGGAAAAAACCUAAAUAAAUGUAAAGUGUGGAAUACAUUAUCAAACAAUACCAGAAAUAAUGGAAUUUAGCUCUCUGCAAAUUUUUAUUUUUAGCAAGGCAACAGCUUUUUGAAUAGAAUGAAACUGAUGGAUAUUUCUUUUGACAAAGACAGUGUUUUGGGUGUCUAAAUAUGUUUUUCAAAUACUUAUUAGGACUCUUGCUUAAUUCUGAAAUACAUCAUGCACGAAAGGAAGAUUUUAUUUACGUAAGCUUCUAGUGAAAGGUUUUACCUUGGCAUGUGUAUGAUGCUGAAGUUAAUUGGAGGUGUCUCUCACUAGGGCGUUUAAAGACUACUGGCUCUACGGCAGUAUACUGGCAUCUCACAAGGCCUCUGCUGAAGUGCUCAAAGUGUCUGGCAUACCUUGGUAAAUUAGCUUGUUAAGGAGGUGGGACUGAUACAAGUUAAUGUGCAUUUUUUAAAGAUGGAAAGUCCAAGGUUUGGAAAGACCCAAUCAUAACUCAAGUUACAUUGUCAAUCCCCGUGGAAACAAAGAACUGAGCUGUCCUUCAUCUGACUUGGUGUUGUGAACUCUUGUUUGAGCAACAGGCUUGCAAACCAGAACUCUUAUUUUACUCUCACUAGCUCCUGCAGGAAAAAAAAAGUCAAUGAGGAAAUUUUUUGUUUUAAUUAAAAGUAACUCACAAGGAAAACAGUAUGAUUGAUCUGGUAAAGUUAGACACUGUAAUAAGCAAAAGGAAGAGAGAACAUGUUAUCAUGCAACAGAUUUUCAGUGCCUCCAGGGCAGCUAUUAAUGAGGACUUUUCUGGGUUUUGUCAUGAACGAAAGGACCCAAGGCCCACUGGCAAGUGUGGGCACACCCUCCCAAUACCUGGACUUUACAAAGGGGUAGCAAUAGAGUAGGUAGACAGGUAAACUGUAAUUGAAAUCGUUUUAUUAUUUAACUUCAUAGUGUGCUUGUCUUAUUUCCCCAACUGGGCUGUAGGUUUUAUUUUUCUGAGGGUGCUGGGGACAUCCACGUCCUCAGGUAAGCAUCCAAUAAGGAUUUGAGAGGCAGAGGAUUAGUGUAAGCAUGCUAGAGCAGAAGCAGUUGCAGUGAUUCAUGAGAUGAGAAAUUAUUGGGCAGAAGAAGGAGAAAAUCGUUUUAAAGAAAAUUGAAGGAAUAGGAGGUUAACUAAGUGGUCUCAUGUCUUCCAAGCAGCUGAGCAAUGUUGGAAUGUUCUGGCAGUGCUAUGCAUUUACCCCCUACUCCAAAAGUAAAACACAAAUUUACAAUGUGAUAUUUCAUAUGUCUAGGCACUACCCUACCCUUUUAAGAGCAGUCUUCAAAAGCACAAAAAAUUACACUGAAUUUUUAAUCUAGCAGAAUUUUCUUUGAUCUCCUCAAGGAAGAUGCCUCAUGGGUGAGGAGGAACAGUAAGCAUCUUUACUCCCAUUUCUAUGGCAAAGAUCCCCAGAUUUUAAAUUCUAGAGCCCCAACUUCCUUUUCUGAGCUUGAAGGAGCUCUCUAUACAUCUGUACUGGACUUCACAGAUUCUUCAAACACUUUAAGUCCAAAAUGAAAUUCAUUUCUUCCCAAACCUGUUUGUUAUGUAUCCCUUCUAAGCUAGGGACCUUGAAAUUACCUUAGACUUUAUUAUUUCUCUCUUCCUGGCAGUCUUCAAGAUCUGUUGAUUCCUCCAACAAAUUUAUGGGCUGGGUCCUCUGCUUCAUUUUCCUGCUGGAUCUUAGGAAAUUAAUUAAUUAUUUAUUUGCUAUUUUCCAGGUUCAAAUGUAAUGUCUGUAGAGGUAAUGAUUCAUUUAGAAAAUGAACAUAAAAAUACUCAUCCCACCAGCAAGUGAUAGCUUUUGCUUUACUGUGUUACUUGUAGUUCAACAAAUAAAUAACUUACAUACUUGGG